AUGCACGUGGAAGUCGAGAUGAUCCUUGGUACUGGUCUUGGUAAUCGUGUGUGUGUGCGGUGUAACAAAGACUUCUUUAAUGAUGAUUUGAUUGUGAACUCCGCGAUGCAAAAACUACUUCAAUACUGUCAUUCGCACGAAAACGGUGGAACAUUUACUAAGGAAUUGGUCAUGAUGUCAGAGGGUAAAUCGUGGACCGAUUCAGAAACAAAUUUGAUGAAAAUGGACAUUAUUGCUUUGCUCGAAAAAAAAGGAUUCAAGAUAGUAGCUGCUACUAGCAUUGAUCAGGGAAGAGAGAUGCUCAUGUUGAGUUCAUAG